GAGGAGGAAGAGGAGACAAAAGGGGAUUUCGGCUCCAAAGUGACAGCCGGGGAAGGGGGAAGCAGCCGCCGAGAGAAAGCGCCGAGCGGCCGGUCCCGCCACCCACCCGGCUGCACGGUCCCCGAGAGGCAGCAGCUGCCCCCCAGCCCGCGCCGUCCAGCUGCUGGCUUGCGCUCCGCUGCCUUGGAUGCCAUGGGCAACAGCUUCUCCAGCAUCCCUGCCCUGCCCCGAGGCAACCAGAGCAGGUUCCACAGGGUCCACCACCAGCACCUCAAAGGCCACGAAUUUCACACUGAGCAAGUCCCUGUUCUUCUACGUGAACAAUCCGUUUCCAUGCCUCCUGUCAUCGUUUGAAGGGCAAAAUGUUUUUUAAAUAAUAAGAAAUGGCUCACCUGUUGUAUAUUCAACCGGAAUAAUUCCUUGAAGACCUCCCACGUACUGCACAGUUCUAGGUGACAGUUGCUGUCUAUCCAGCAGGCCUGGUUCUGAUUACACACUGGUUUUCCACUGAUGCAAUGUCUUUGACUUCCAUAGAAUUACACUGGUGUCACUCAGGGACUCUAUAGGUGGACCCUUUCCGGCUUCCUCUCACCGAUGCCACCACAAGCAGAAGCACUGUCUGCCCAUCCCGCAGUGCGGCACUUUGUCUGUCAGUCCGCUGCUUUUUCACCCCCACACCAAGGGGUCCCAGAUCAUCAUGGACACGGCCCAGAAGGCAGUGAAACGGCAGGCCAGCUUCUGCAAUGCCAUUACCUUCAGCAACCGGCCAAUCAUGGUCUAUGAGCAAGUCAGGCUAAAGAUAACAAAGAAACAGUGUUGCUGGAGUGGGGCUCUCCGACUUGGAUUUACUUCCAAGGAUCCCUCCCGGAUUAAUCCUGAUACGUUGCCAAAGUACGCUUGCCCGGACCUGGUCUCCCAGAGUGGAUUCUGGGCCAAGGCCCUGCCAGAAGAGUUUGCAAAUGAAGGAAACAUCAUAGCAUUCUGGGUGGACAAGAAGGGACGGGUAUUUUAUCGGGUCAAUGACUCUGCUGCCAUGUUGUUCUUCAGUGGGGUGAGGACCACGGAACCCCUCUGGGCUUUGAUUGACGUAUACGGACUCACCCGUGGGGUGCAGCUAUUAGGUUCCACAUUAGCCGUCUGUGAAGAUUCGCAUGGUGAAGCCGCCGUGAACUCUGUAUGCACGUACAGUGAAAUUAUUCCUCCCGACUGCCUGCGUCCAAGAUCUUUCACUGCAAUUCGCCGGCCCUCACUGCGCAGGGAGACGGAGGACACCCGGCUCUCCGUGAGCCUCUGCGACCUCAAUCUUCAGGAAGAGAAUUUCCAUGUGCUGGCCACCAUGUGUCCCAUCCCUCAGAACUCCCUCAACUCUCAGCAUUCCCAUCUCUUCCCAUCCCAGCUCGAAAGUGACCUCCGUUUCCACCAGCUCAGGGGAGCCCAUAUCAAAAUCCUGGAUGACCAAACUGUAGCCCGGCUGGAACAUGCCAGGGAAGAGAGAACUUUGGUUUUCACCAGCAGACCCCUUAGAAUCAAUGAAACCAUUUUUGUCAAAAUUAACAAGUCAAACGCCUCCCGUUCAGGCACACUGUCUUACGGCGUAACCUCCUGUGACCCUAGUUCUCUGCGGCCCAGUGACCUUCCGUAUAACCCGGAGUCGUUGGUUGACAGGAAGGAAUUCUGGGCCGUCUGUAGAGUGUUGGUGCCCCUCCAGAGUGGCGACAUUUUGGGAUUCAUGGUGAAUUCGGAAGGCGAGCUACAUUUGAGUCACAACGGUGCCAGUGCCGGCAUGCAGGUCUGCGUGGACUGUUCCCAGCCCCUCUGGAUGUUCUUUGGUUUACAUGGAGCAGUUAUGCAAAUUCGCGUACUGGGUUCCACCAUCCUGGCCGAGCGACUGGGCCCGUCUGCACCGAGCUCGCCCACGUCAGCCCCACAUUCCCCCACGGUUCUCUGCAGCGGGGUGUCUGAUCCAGGCCUGAGUACGUGUGGCUCCGGCCCGCUCUGCAGCUCCAUCAGCGGCACUGCUCCAAACUCCCCCGUCAGCAUGCCGGAGUCACCCCUCUCCCCAUCCGGCUCUGGGGGCUGGGGGGACGAGUGCACCAUCUGCUACGAGAACAUGGUCGACACCGUCAUUUACUCCUGCGGACACAUGUGUCUCUGCUACCCGUGUGGGCUGAAACUCAAGAAGAUGGCCAAUGCCUGCUGCCCCAUCUGCAGACGAGCCAUCAAGGAUAUCAUCAAAACAUAUCGUAGCACUUAGACAAGCGGG